AUAGAUAGUAACUUACUUAGCGUAAAUAGUAUAAAAGUUAGUGUCCUUAAAAAGGGAGACGAGAUAGUCUUCUAUAGACUUUUAAAGAGCGCUAAUAGCAGAAGACUAAAAGUAGAAAUCCGAGUUAAACCUAUAGGUAAUCUUACGGACGAGACGCUGGAAAAGGAGCUUUUAAAUUAG